AAAAACCCCAAUGGACUUUCAAAGCGUGGAUGUUUUAUACUCUCAUCUUGUUUAAUAACUAUGCACUAUUAUCACCGGAUUCUACGCUAUUUUCCACGCGUAUUUGGGUAAUAACUGUCUCCAAAAAGCAGCGCAGUGAGCGGCGUGUCACCUUGAAUGUUCCUACCUCCAACUGUCAACGUUACCGCGCGUAAACGAGCUAAAAGACUAGUGUCCAAGCUCUGUUGACCGAUAAUUUAGGUUAUUUAUGAAUCAUUUAGGCUUGUGGUUUUAUUAUAGGAUUGUAGCAGUUGGAAAAGUCUCCUAAUAAAACAGUAGUGGAGGUAGAAUGGGUGUAGUGCUGCGUAAUCUCCAGAAGGUGGUGCCAAUUCGCCGCGCCAGGCUGCGUAAAGACGUGGACACGCUACGUCACAUACUGGGGAUCCAAAAGUUUGACCUGGGCAUCAUCUGCGUGGACAACCAGCGAAUACAGCAGAUCAACAGCCUCUACAGGAAGAAAAACCUGCCCACGGAUGUUCUGUCGUUUCCUUUUUACGAGGAUAUCCGACCCGGAAAACUUCCCUGUCCGCUGCACAGAGACGAGCUGAAUUUGGGAGACGUGUUCCUCGGAGUCGAGUUUGUGAUGAAACAAUGUCAAGAAGAAUCCUUAGAUUUCCACGGUGCUCUUACCGCAGUCACGGCUCAUGGCAUCUGUCACCUGUUGGGUUAUCGACACGAAACUGACGAAGAGUGGACCGAGAUGUCGCAGAGGGAGCAGUACAUCCUGAGUGAGUUUAACAGGCUCACAGGGCGCCGCCUAGAGCCCAUGAUGAAGAAGUGCAGCCAGGACUCGAGAUGAAGAGCGCUCACCAGAACUAACGCUGCGUUCAGCGCCUCUCAGGAUUCUGAGUUCAGAUUUACGAAACUCUGAAAUGUUCUGGACGCAUCAUGAGCCGAAUAAUGAGCCUGUGUGAGAAAAGCACCGCGGUUUAAAUCCAAACACAAACCGACACAAAAACGACACAAAAACGACACAAACUGACACAAACUGACACAAACUGACACAAACCAACACAAACCAACACAAACCAACACAAACCAACACAAACCGACACAAAAAUGACACAAAAAUGACACAAAAAUGACACAAACUGACACAAAAAUGACACAAACUGACACAAAAAUGACACAAACUGACACAAACCGACACUACAAGAACUGCAACAAGCAUUUUUUUUAUUUUAUUUUUUUACAAAAAUAUUUACAAUAAUUUUAGUAAAAUAGAAUCUACUUAGUUUUAUCAAGAAUUUACAUAGUUUACAAAGUCAGGACUAAACCAGGACUAAACCAGGACUAAACCAGGACUAAACCAGGACUAACUACACUGAAACCAUAAAUAUCUUUUGUCUCCACCUGUUGUUCUUUGCCUGGGUCUGAGGAUGGUGUUAUAGAUGAGGAUGGAUUAUGUCUAAGGCACAUUCCUGUUUAAAGAAGGAUGGUCUUUCCUCACAAAAACAUCUUCUUUAUCUCUCCUCUCAGACCAUUUCUUUUCUGUGGCUCAGAUCUGAACCUCACUCUGUUCAAAGCAGUGGUCAGUGUCUUUGAGAUGGAGAUGAACAGCAGACUGUGGUCCUGAGCUGCUCUUUGUCGUGUUGGUUCAUUCUUUUAUGGAGAUGAACAGCAGACUGUGGUCCUGAGCUGCUCUUUGUCGUGUUGGUUCAUUCUUUUAUGGAGAUGAACAGCAGACUGUGGUCCUGAGCUGCUCUUUGUCGUGUUGGUUCAUUCUUUUAUGGAGAUGAACAGCAGACUGUGGUCCUGAGCUGCUCUCUCUCGUGUUGUACUGUCUCUUAUGAAGUCUCUGUUUAGUUUCUCCAGUCUAACGCUCACUUUACUCCUCACUGAAUGUGUACGGCUCGGGGUUUUGUCCUUUUGUACUACUACUUCUAAUACUCCUGCUGCUGCUACUACUACUACUACUACUACUACUACUGCGUUCACACUGUAGGAGCCGUGGUGCCGGUUUCACACAGGGUUAAAUGGUUGAUUUUCCUGACGGUGCUUGACUAAACUGCUGUGAUAAUCCAGAUGAACUGCCUUCCUGAUCCUCCAGUGUUUGCACUUGUUCCAGGUCCUAUGUUCUGCAUUUUACCACAUUAUAAAGUUUUUUGUUUUUGUUUCAUUCACGAAUACUUAAGUAAUGCUGUAGUGUAAACCUAAUGUACAAACUCCGACACCCGGUGGUAAGGUAAAACCCGGAAGGUAAAAAAAGUAACUUUUUAAAUGAGUUUUUUGUUGUUGUUUUUUUUACUUCCUGGUUGGACACAUCUGCAGCGGUGGAAGAAAACAAAGUCAAAGUAAUGUGCUGUACUUAACUAUACAUUUUCUUGAGUACAUUUUACGGUGUGUACUUUUUACUUUUACUUGAGUACAUUUGAGAGCAGUAUCUGUACUUUCUACUCCACUACGUUUUUGAACAGGACUGAAAAGUUAAAGUACUUUUUAUUUUACUUUUUUGAGACCUACUGAAACGUCUGAGGGUUUGUUUUUAACACGUAUUUGUAUUUGUAUUUUUUACUUGAAUAACAAAAUGGAGUAUUUCUUCCACCACUGCAGAGAUGUGGAGGUGAUGCCAUAACUGUUACCUAGCAACCACAAUGUAAACAAGAGACGACACUUAAAGGGGACGUAUUACUUUAUUUUCUGAUCUGUUCUAAUGUUGUUUCCUCAUCACAAACGGAGCUGGAGUUGUGUUGUUUGUUUGUUUUUUUGUUUCAUUCUCACAUUUUUUUGUUUCAACACACAAACAAACCUGCAGAUUUAGGCUGAGUUCUACUUCUCUCAAAUUGAAAACACUCUGUUCCACCUUGUGAUGUCAUCAUGUGAUACAGGAAGUGCUCCGCUGUGUUUUUAAACUCCACACACCUUCAUUUCUAGAAUCAUUUGGAUCAUUUCAGCUUCUGGAAUUAUUAAUCUCCUACUGAACUAAAGGUAAAAAGUAGGAGGAGUUAACUUGAAAACUACCACUUGAUGACAUCACAAGGUGGAACAGAGCGUUUUGAGCUUUGGAGAUGUUACAGACUAAUAAUAAAGUGUGACUCAAACAUGUGAAUGAAACAAAACACAACUCCAGGUCUGUUUUUGAGGAGGUUAGAACACGACUUAAAGUGACAGGAGUCAGUUUAGUGUUUUAUUUAAACUAAUAAAAAAAAACCACAACUUUAUUUUGUUAAAUGAAGGUUUAAACUGCCACAUAAGCGCCUUUGUCAUUUAAAGUGUUCAUGACAUAGAGGGAUUCUACUACUUCCUGUAUUUUUGGGCUUUUUCCUCAACGUUCUGUAAAAAUACACAAAUCACAGGUACAAUCCCACCAAGAAAAAACAAAAACA